AAUAAAAAAUCCCUAGUGGCAAUAACGUCAACGUCAAAUUGAUAAAAUAAAAAGUGAGGUUAAGUUUUCUAGGACGAAUAAUUUGUGUAAUUAUUAUUAAAAAUAAACUUGUGAGUGAAUAAAACAUGGGAAAUUAACAAGAAAUCAUGCUUCCGACUAAAGGUUACUUUCAAGAUAUCGAGUGUCCAUUUUAUAAUAGUUCGUGCGGCCGUCCUUAUUGCCAUUUUCGUCACAAAAGAAAACUUAAUGAAAAUGUUGAAGAAAUCGAACAAGAUACAACGUCUGAAGCUGUUCCUACUUAUAAACCUACUCCCAAAAGUGAACUAGCAAAUAUCCACAACAGUAAAAGUCAUAUACCAAUUAGUUAUGUGCCUGAUUUAGCUUUCAAUCGAGAAAGGCCUGCAAGACCUUUACCAAAGAUUGAAAAACCCACUUACAAACCAACUCCCUUAAGUAUUCUUAGUUCUGCUACUAAUUUAGAUGGCUCAUUACCAGAGAAUGAUAAACAUAGAGAUACUAUUCAGGAAAUCCAACAGAAUAUUGCUAAUAAAGCCUAUGAUCCUUUAAAGUCUGAAAUUGAUUUUGAAGAUCUAUCUAAUGAAUUUGAUCUUAUUGAUGACAUAAUUAAAGACACUGAACCAGAACCUCAGGAACAUGUUACUAAAGAUUUAAAAGAAAUUGAAAAUGAUAUUGAAGAACAGCAAAACAAAUUGAAUUUAUUGAAAUCCAAGCUCAGUAGUGCAAAGGCAAAAGAGAAAAGUAUUACAAGUGUUCCCGAGAUAAAUAAUGUCAAAGUUAAAGAAGAGGAUAAAUCUCAAGAUAUUAAAGUAGAGAAAGAUCAGAAACCUAAGGAUAUUGAAAAAAGGAAAAAGGAUGAGACAAAAUCUGAUAAGGACAAACUUCAAAAGAGUGAGAAAAAAAGGACACAUUCUAGUGAUUCAAAAAUUAAAGAAAAACUACCGAAAAAGAGUGAUAGUUUAAAGCAUGAUAAAAGUAAUGAUAGAGAAAAACACAGAAAAGAAGAAAAGAAAAAUUGUUCUAAGGAAGAAAAAACUAGAACCAAGUCAAAACACAGGGACAAAAGUCCAGAUUCCAAGAAAACUAAAAAAGAAAAACAUGUUAAUAAGGACAACAAAAGUGCAUCGGACUCUGAUGUUAGUGACAGUAGUGUUGAUAAGGAAAAAAAGAAGCAUAAAAAACAUUCUAAACAUAGAAGUCGUAGCAAAACUAAAGUAAAAGAAAAAUAUAAAAAGGCAAAAGAAAGGAAGAAAAGUAGAUCAAAGUCGAGAAGUUUAAGUAAAGAGUCCAAGUCGAAACAUAAGUCCAGGCCAAAAAGCAAAAGUAGACAUAAACAAGACAGAAAACGGAGUAGAAGCAGGGAAAAGAAUAAAUCUCCUAAAAAGAAAGACAGGAAGAAAGAUGGUACUAGCCAAAAAGAUAAGCAUAGUAAUAAGUCAGACAAAGAAAAAUAUAAGAAAAAAUCUACAUCAGAGAGUAGCAAUAACCCAUGUGAUAUUGAGGAUUCUGUAUCAAACGAUAAUAUUUUAGAGACUGAGGAAUAUAUUCCUUCAGAUAUUGAUCUUGAUUUUGAAGACGAAGAUGAAACAAUGAGGGAGUGUUACAAGAUAUUUAAUGAGUACAAGCCUGAGCCAGUUAAAGUUCAGAAAGAGCCUCAGGAAAUUGUACAGAAAGAUCUAUUUGAUGAGAAACCUGAAUAUCAAGGGAAAAAAAGAACUGCUCAUGCUGGUGCCGAUGUUUUAGCGUCGACUGGCAAAAAACUGCCAGAAAUUCCUAAACCUAAACCUGUACUGACGCCAGGUCAAAUCCUGGCAAACAGAUACAAAGUUAUUAAAAUGAGCCAACAGAACAAUGAGCAAGAAAAUAUUAUGAACGAAGUGAAAACUAUGAUAAGCCAACCAAAUCCUAUUAAAAGACAAGCCACGAGUUUACUGGAAGCUGCCAGAAUGCACAAAAUGAAAAGAAUUGAAGAACAAAAGUUAAAUAAACAGAAAAAAGUAUCAUCCAGUAAUGUUGUGGAUGAUAUACUUAAUGGCGUUCAUAAACCAACUGCUAAUCAGGUAAAAAUUCAGCCUAAAAAAAUAAACGCGGUGCCUAAUGUUGCACUGAUACAGAAGGCCAAAGAAAGAAUAUCUUUGAUCAAACAGCAGAGAUCAGAGACCGUAAAAACUGUGGCUCAGACGCAGAAGUCUGGACGAGUAGCUCACGUGCCUGAGUUCACGUUAUCAGAUAUUCCCGAUGUUUUACAGGCGGACAAGUCCAAACUGCCCGUAAAUGUGAGAACGCGGUUUUUGACAUUGAUUGCGGACGAAUGCGGAAAAUUAUACGCGUCAAAACAAGACGCUUAUGACAGAGCGUUAAACGAGGAAUUUACUUGUUACGAAAAAUGUAAAGUCCUAGCCACUUACAGAAACUCAGCUAUGCUCGCAGUUAAUAGGUUGCGUAAAGAAAUACAGGAAAGGGAGAGCAAAGGUUUGGGGCUUCUUUUGAGUGGCGAAAGUGAAGAUAGUGGAAAAGAGUCUGAUUUUAAGGGAAAUAGAUUCUAUCAGAACAUAAAAAAGUGGGUUUUAACCGAGGAAGAACUAGAUUUGCACGGAUAUCCUAGGGAGAGCGACUUAAAAGGAAAAGCGGUUAUUAAUAACCGAAAACCAGUCGAUUUUUCCAUGGUAGAUGACAAUUACAGGAAAUGUAGCAGGUGUUCAAAAACAUAUCAAGUAGACGAUGAUGGAUGGGCACUGUUUGAAGAAGAGUGUCUCUAUCACCCUCUAAAGAAGCGCACUAUACGAGGCGAACAGAUCCAUUUGUGUUGCAAGAGCAACGACGAUACAGGAUGUCUCACCAGCGAUACGCACGUCUUCGAUGGUUUGGAGAGUCAUAUUUUGGAAGGGUUUCAAACGACGAUGCCUUCAGAAAGGGAAAACGAUCCACGCAGCGUAGCAGUGUACGCCCUCGAUUGUGAAAUGUGUUACACCACCAGAGGGCUGGAAUUGACACGCGUCACCAUCGUCGAUACCGACUGCAAAACCGUCUACGAGAGCCUCGUCAAACCGCUCAACCCCAUAAUCGACUAUAACACCCGUUUCUCAGGGAUAACCAAAGAACAAAUGGACAAAACCAGCACCAGCAUCCUUCAGGUGCAAGCCAACAUUCUACAUUUGUGCAAUUCGGAAACUAUUCUGGUUGGACACAGUCUAGAAAGUGACAUGAAGGCGUUGAAGAUCAUCCACAGCAGUAUAGUGGAUACUUCAGUGCUUUUUCCUCAUAAAAUGGGCUUGCCACAUAAGAGGGCUUUAAGGGCUCUGGCCAGCGAGUAUUUGAAGAAGAUUAUACAGAACGACGUGAGCGGACAUGACAGUGCGGAGGACGCGAUCGCGUGCAUGGAACUGAUCAAGUGGAAGUUAAAAGAGGAAUUGAAAGUAAGGACUAAAUAGUAAUGCAGAUCGGUCUAUAGUGAUAUUAGAUUAAUAAUAUAAAGAAACAAACAGUUAUAUAUAUCUAGAAGAGUUUUCAUGCUUUUAUAAGUUAUAAGUUGGGUUACAGUAUCAAGAAAAUAAACUAAAAAACGUGUCUAUGUUGCCUUAUGUAUUCUGGUUUAAUUCACCAGCUUCGUAUACUAACUAGUAUUAGGAAAUAAAGUUGAACUAUUCAUUAUUACUUGUUAAUUACUGAUCUUUGUUUAAAAUUAACUUCUCGUACAAAGUAUAAAAUAGAAUACACUUAAGAAUAAAAACUACAACAAUCAAUAAUCCAACACAACCAAAGAACAAAUGGACAAAACUAGCACCAGCUUCCUUCAAAUGCACUGUUGCAAUGUUGGCUUGGAAAUGGAUGGAUGGCAUACUGCUUUCUGAACAAAGUAUCACAAUAUGACAUGGCCAGAUCUAUUGUUUUACAUUACAUAGGGUACUGGUUAAAAUCAAGAAAAAUAUACUUUAAAACUAAAUCUUAAAUAACUUAAAAACGAGUUAUUUUGGGUACAGGAACAUGUAUGGCCAAAAAUUAACGACUUGAAAAACCUAGUGAAAUAAAAACAGGGGGUUUCCAUUUAAAAAACAUAUUUAUGAUAAUUCUUUAAUCGCUCAAUUCCAUGACAGCUGCGACCAUUAUUAUAUGACAUU